GGGAGGAAGAUGAUGUUCUGAGGGGGGUGGGCACCUUUGGCUCUACAAAACCUCCGCAGCAUCCCAGUUGAUGCCCCAGCAUCCAGCCUCAGCCAAAGGGACAGACGCAAGAGGAAGAGAAUCCCCCUCCCAAUUCCAUCACAGAGCCAGCGCGAGGAGGAGGAGCCAGCCGAGUGAGAAACUGAUGCUCCCAGCAGGUGCCAACAAGUGAGAAGAAGCUGAGAGACAAAAGGUGGGAGAUGGAGAAGAGUCUGUGAGAGCAGAGGACAACCAGAGCUUUUGAGGAAAAAAAAAACACGGUGUUUCCAGUUUCUGUGCUGCUGCUGCUCCCCGUCUCCACUGACAUGCUGUGUGCUGCGCUGCUUUGUGCCACCCUGCUCCUCCUGACUCCCUUUGAGAUCUCAGAAGCACGCGCUCUGCAUCCUUCUCCCGAUGCUGUGCAGUUCAUGGAGCAGUUUCUGGAGCGCUAUAAUGACCUUCUGACUCUGGAUGAUCUGGAGAACCUGUUGAACAGCCAGUCGGAGGAGCAGUCCACCGUUCCCUCUGGGGGCAAAGCCGCCGAGCGCCCCAAGUGGGCCGAUGAGCAGACGCAGCCGGAGACGCCCUGGCUCCGGCUGCUGAAGGGCGCCCUGGCCAAUCAGAAGCGAGCGGAACCGGACCGCUUACGGAGGGGAUGGAACCGGGGGUGCUUUGGCCUGAAACUGGAUCGGAUUGGGUCCAUGAGCGGAUUGGGCUGUUAGUGGAGAAAUGAGGCAGAAAGUAAAGACUGGUGACAUCCUUCUUAUAGAAUAAAAAUAAAAAAAGCAAAGCAUUCACCUGCAGAGAAGGAUGUAAACAUCUAGGCGAUGUGUAGUAUGGUGUAAACUUUCAGUGUCGCUAAUGUGGUUCCAUAGAGCAUAGAGCAGAUGCUUCUUACUUUGUUCCCAAUGUAAGAGUAAAAGUGAUUAUUAGAACGUGUUAGACACGUUUCCAUCAAUUUCUCAUCCUGGACGGUUGAUUCUGUGUUUUUUGUUUUGUCUGCGUACAGUAAAUGUGGAGGUGUUCUGACAUUUUGUGUUUUUUAAAAAGCAUCUGUAAUGGACGUGGAAAUCCAAAGAUGAUGGCACCUGUUAUUCCUGCGGCUUAUUUUUAUGUUCCCCUUUGAUUUGCAUGAAUAAAUGGAUUUGACAUUUGUGG